CGUACAACGUCAUAUAACUGUGUACACACGAUGGGUUUCCACAUUGAAAACUGCUUGCAAUUUUAAAACAUUCAACAAUGUAUGAAUUGUAUUCUUUGUUGUGAAGGAACUUUGCACUAAAAUCGCUUGAAGAGAUGUAACCUGGAAUGAACCCCUUUCGAUCAGCCAUGUGUGAAGCCUCGUUUCCUCUGUCAAUUCAAAGCUGAUAGCAGUUUUGUGACUGUCAAUCCAGGGAGAGCAAUGGAGCGAGCUGGGCAAAAGCAUGCGCCACCUCCUGGGCUUACCUCACCAAGUGGUGCCCAAGAUGGAGAUAUAUUUGGCGCAAUCAGGAACGGACUGAAGAAUUACAAAAAUGUUUUUGGCUUCAUUCCCUUCCUGCGGCGGGGCUCGGACGCUGCCACCAUUCCUGACAGUGAGCACAUCGAGAUGUCCCACUUUGAGAACGAGGUUGAUGAUGAUGAUUACGAGAAAUACGAGCAUGGCACAAUCAUGCGGCGCCCAGCAAAAGGUCACGACUUCCAGGCCCAUCAGCUGACUCACCCAACCUGGUGUGAUGAGUGUGGGGACUUCAUCUGGGGCGCGUACAAACAGUGCCUCAAGUGCAAUAACUGCCAGUACACAUGCCACCACCAGUGCCUACCUCUCAUCCAGCUCGAGUGCAAGUGUGUGUCACAUGACCAUGAGGACCAGGGGGCGGGGCUGUCAGGGGAGACCACUCUAGAGGACCUGUCCAUCCCUGCCAUGGAGCCCAUGUCAGAACCAGCCUCAGAAAAAGAUGAGACAGACUCGGGGUACCGUUCGGGUACGAUCCCCGAUGAGAAACUGCCGCCAAAACCAAGUGAGGCCACGCUGAACCGGGAAGAGCUGCGCAAACGCAUAGCCGAGUUCAACAGGCUUGUUCAGGGGGCUAACUUUGCACUGCGAGAAAGGGAGGACACAAGUACUUAUGACAAGGAUGCAGAUGUAGACAUGAAGACAGAACCAUUCCAGGGCUUUAUCAAGGUUGUUCUGAAUCUGGUGCGACCAAUCAGCAUGUCUCUUGGGGCCCGCCCACCUUCGAUAUAUGAGGUGCUCACACGAGAACACAUUGUGGAACAGAACACGCAAAAUAUCUCCUUCUACAUGCCACGUGACACUGUACGCUCCAUACAUGCGCACAGUGGUCAGUCAACGAAGGAGGUAGUGGCUUUGCUGCUAAAGAAGUUCCACAUUCUCGACCAUCCACGAAAGUUUGCCCUCUAUGAGCAGGAACUGAGAAACAACAAAAUUGCCCGUAUCCGUCGUGUGAAGGACAGCGAGUCUCCACUGGCUAUCUGCCUCAGUUGGGACCUGGAGAACGUGCACAACCACAGACUGGUGCUUCAGGAGAAUGAGACCGGCGAAAUAGAUUGGGAUGCAUUCUGUGUGCCAGAGCUGGGUAACUUCCUGCGUGUGUUGGACCGGGAGGAGGAGGAAUACCUGGCCCAGCUCAAGUACAAGUACAAGGUGAUGAGGCGCUGA